AUGCGUGUGCGAGCGAGUGUGAGCGCACAGGACAGAGGCGUCGAGUUGUGGAGCGGACUCGUACGCAAGUUCCGAAGGCCCGCGUGUUCGCGGUGGCUGGCCCAAAAGGGGCCGGAGAGGCUCGGCCUGCGAGGAGCGGGCAGCGCCCGGAGGGGCUCGGAGUCUGGGUGGGAGGGAGAGGGGUCUCGCGAGGGUUUCAGGGCGUGGCUGGAGUGGGGGGCGCGCGGCGAGUGUGCGCGCGCGAGAGAGGGCGAGUGUGAGCGCGGCGAGUGUGAGCGCGGCGAGUGUGCGGCCGCGUCGCCAUUCCCCGUGACGUCAGAGUGUAUUGUUGUGAGCGGGGCCGAGCGGAGCAUCCCCGGAGCUGUCACCGCGGCGGCGGNCGAGCGCCCGGCCGCGCUCCGCUUCGCUCUGCCGCUCCGGAGACCUUUGUGUGGCAAUUACCACUCCCUCCCGGCCCCUCCACCCCCCGGAAUUCCAUCGAUAACUCUCCGUGCACGGUCUGUGUGGGUUUCGACGUUUGUGAGUGCAUACAUUUCACACGUGCAUGCCCGGCGUGUGCCCGACCCGGACUUGUGGGGCGUGUUGCAUGUGGGCUCCGUCGUGGCGCCCCUGUGUGCCGUGUCGUGUGCAUUAUGUAUGCACACUGAUACGUGCAGGUUUUGUGUGGCUCAAGUUCGCUGGUGUUUGAUAUUUCUGUACAGCGUGUCUCACGGGAAUGCACUAGAAAAACACCCCAACUCACCAAUGACAGCAAAGCAGAUAUUGGAAGUCAUUCAGAAAGAAGGGUUAAAAGAAACAAGAAAUGGAACUUCUCCAUUAGCCUGUCUGAAUGCAAUGCUUCACACUAACACGCGAAUCGGGGAUGGAACAUUCUUCAAAAUCCCUGGGAAGUCAGGCCUCUAUGCUCUCAAAAAAGAGGAGUCAUCAUGCUCAGCCGAUGGAACUUUGGAUUUAGGCUGUGAGUCUGAAUUGGAUGGCUCAGAGAUGGCGGAGGCCAAUGCCAGUGGGGAAGGAAAUGGAGUGUGUGCGAAGCAGGUAACCGAUGAGGCGUCUUCCACCCGAGAUUCAAGCCUUCCUAACACAGCAGUGCAGAGCAAGUUAGUGUCUUCCUUUCAGCAACACACCAAAAAGGCUCUCAAACAGGCUUUGAGGCAGCAGCAGAAGAGAAGAAAUGGAGUCUCAAUGAUGGUAAACAAGACUGUCCCUCGUGUGGUUCUGACACCAUUAAAGGUGUCUGAUGAGCAGUCGGAUUCGCCUUCAGGAUCUGAAUCUAAAAAUGGUGAAGCAGACAGUUCAGAUAAAGAAAUGAAACAUGGGCAAAAAUCUCCCACUGGAAAACAAACAAGUCAGCACUUAAAGCGAUUAAAAAAGUCUGGUUUAGGACACUUGAAAUGGACCAAAGCUGAGGACAUUGACAUAGAAACCCCGGGAUCUAUUCUUGUCAACACUAACUUGAGGGCAUUAAUAAAUAAACAUACAUUUGCUUCCUUACCUCAGCAUUUUCAACAGUACCUCCUGCUUUUGCUCCCAGAAGUGGAUAGGCAGAUGGGAAGUGAUGGAAUUUUACGCCUCAGUACUUCAGCUCUAAAUAAUGAAUUCUUUGCAUAUGCAGCACAAGGCUGGAAACAGCGACUGGCAGAAGGAGAGUUUACUCCAGAAAUGCAAUUGCGGAUAAGGCAAGAAAUUGAGAAGGAAAAGAAAACAGAACCCUGGAAAGAAAAAUUCUUUGAAAGGUUUUAUGGAGAAAAGUUGGGCAUGUCAAGAGAGGACUCUGUAAAGCUCACAUCUGGACCAAACAUUGAUGGAGCUGAAAGUAGUUCUUCAUGUGGGACCCCUGGCCUUCCCAGUCUUUCUGCACAGACUCCUUUGAAAGAACAACAGCCAAAAAGCAUGAAAAGCCCAACUUCUCCAGAGCCUGAAUUCUGUGCUAUGCUUUGUCCUAUGGUAGAUGUAGGCAAAGAUGUAAUGACAGAGUCGGAAUCAGAGGACAUCUUGAUCCCUGAAGAAUCCGUGAUUCAGGAGGAAAUUGCAGAAGAGGUUGAGACCAGCAUCUGUGAGUGCCAGGAUGAGAAUCACAAGACAGUACCUGAAUUUUCUGAGGAGUUGGAAAGUCCAGUCACCUCUCAUGAAGAGCCACAGAUGGCACCUCCUGAAGAUCACGUGGAGUCUUGUGUUAUGAUGAAUGAUGUUUUGGAAACUUUGCCUCCUAUCGAAGUUAACGUGGAAGAGAAAUCAGAGUCUCCCCAGGAAGAGAUGUCUGUUGUCAUUGAUCAGCUGGAAGUCUGUGACUCCCUCAUUCCUUCCACUUUAUCUGUGAGUCAUGUUAGUGACACAGAACAUAAAGAGCCAGAAACUGCACUAGAGACCAACACUCCAAAAAUUAAAACAGGGUCAGCGUCCCUAGAAGGCCGAUUUCCAAGUGAGGGCAUUGCCGUGGAUAUGGAGUUGCAGAGCGAGCCUGAUGAGCAGCUUUCUGAAAAUGCCUGCAUCUCUGAAACAUCCUUCUCUUCUGAGAGCCCAGAGGGAGCCUGUACCAGUCUGACAUCCCCAGGAGGGGAAAACCAGUCCACUUCAGAGGAGUCGUGUACCCCAACCUCCCUUGAGACAACGUUUUGUUCUGAGGUGUCCAGCACUGAAAAUGUGGACAGAUAUAAUCAGAGAAAUUCCACUGAUGAAAAUCUUCAUGCAUCUUUGCUGUCAGAAAUCUCUCCAAUAUCCACCUCACCUGAGACAUCAGAAGCAUCUUUGAUGUCCAAUUUGCCUUUGACAUCAGAAGCAUCCCCAGUGUCAAAUUUACCUUUAACAUCAGAAACUUCGCCCAUGUCUGAUUUACCUUUGACAUCAGAAACUUCUUCAGUGUCUUCCAUGCUUCUCACACCCGAGACCACUUUUAUAUCCAGUUUGCCACUUCCUUCAGAAACAUCUCCAGUUUCCAGUUCUUCCAUGAAUGAAAGAAUGGUGCAGCAACAAAGAAAGUCCACUUCUGUAUCUGAAGAACCACCCUCCCCACAGAAAGAUGAAGGCUCUGCCCCUGCCAAGCCCUUGGGAGAAGGUGUUACCUCUCAACAGAAGAUUCUGUCAAAUGCUCCUGAACCCAUCAAAAUGGCUUCUUCUUCAGUUGCUCCUGAAGCGUAUUCAUCAGAAGAAUUGCACAGUAACACCUUGAAUCAGCAGCCGGGUAAAUCACACGUUGAAACUGAGAAAUCCUAUCCCACUUCGAUUCCAGAACUUCCUUCUACAGAAAUGAUAAAAGUGAAAAAUCAUAAUGUCCUGCAAAGAGCAGAAAAGAAAGGGAUGUCUUCACCAUUGGACUUACCCGUCUUUUCUGAAGAGACAGAGAGUAAGGGAAAUGAGGUCCCAUCAGCUAAACUGCAGGACAAACAGUACAUCUCCUCGGUAGAUAAGGCUUCAUUUUCAGAAGGCUCUAGAAAUAAAAUGCAUAAGCCGGGGAACUCACAGAAUCGGCUAGAGAACUCACAUUCUUCCAAGUUGUCAGAACCCUCCAAGUCCCCAGAUGGGGUAAGAAAUGAGAGCAGAGAAUCUGAAAUAUCAAAGAGGAAAACUGCAGAGCAUCACGGCUUCGGGAUUUGUAAGGAGAAGAGGGCUAGGAUAGACGAUGACCAGUCAUCUGCUGGACGGAACAUCUCGUCCAGCAGCCCACCUGAGAAAGAGCCGCCCCCAAGAGAGGAGCCAAGGGUCCCACCUCUCAAGAUCCAGCUAUCCAAAAUCGGGCCACCCUUUAUCAUCAAGAGCCAACCCGUCUCCAAACCAGAGGCUCGUGCGUCUUCCAGCACCUCGGUCAGUAGCGGGAGGAACACGGGAGCCCGGACCCUGGCAGACAUCAAGGCCCGAGCCCAGCAAGCCAGGGCCCAGCGCGAGGCGGCGGCGGCGGCGGCUGUGGCAGCCGCAGCCAGCAUCGUCUCAGGAGCCAUGGGGAGCCCCGGAGAGGGCGGGAAGGCCAGGACCCUGGCGCACAUCAAAGAGCAGACGAAGGCCAAGCUCUUUGCUAAGCAUCAAGCGCGAGCCCACCUCUUCCAGAAUCCAAAAGAACCCCGGGGGCCUCCCCCGCUCGGCCCAAAGGAAGGGCCUCCAAGCUUAGACGUCAUUUCUCCUGCCCCUGAAACAAAAAUUGAAGGCUCACCUGGCGUCAUCAUUGUUAACCCGAACUGCCGAUCUCCCAGCAACAAGGCCGCACACCUCCGGGACACCGCCACGGUUCUCCAGCAGCCUCUCACCCCGGCGAAACUUCCAGAAACCGCCACGGACUUAUCUGUGCAUAGUUCUGACGAAAACACACCCGUGUCACACUUAUCUGAGAAAAUAGUUUCAUCUACCUCUUCUGAAAAUAGCAGUGUGCCCAUGCUUUUUAAUAAAAAUCCCGUCCCCGCGUCUGUCUGCAGCACCGCUCUGUCGGGAGCAAUUAAAGAGCAUCCCUUUGUGAGUCCUGUUGAUAAAUCCUCUGUCCUAAUGUCUGUUGACAGUGCAAACGCUACAAUUUCUGCUUGUAACAUAAGCAUGUUAAAAACCAUCCAGGGAACGGACACCCCAUGCAUAGCCAUUAUACCAAAAUGUAUGGAGAGCACAUCUCUCCCUGCCCCCUCGGAAGGCACAGGCUCAGCCAGCCCCCACAAUGACCAGCUGGCACUGGUACCCAGCAGCAGUGCUGGCAGCCUCGUCUCUGCUCAGUACACCUCCGUGCCAGCUCCCUCGAUUGGAAGCAACUUGCCCAACCAUCUCUCCACUAGCUCUGUCUUGAUGCCCCCAACGGGAAUGAACAACAGAUACCCUUCUGAGAAGAUAGCCAUGCCUGGGAGCGAAGAACCGGCCACCAUGCCCAUGGGCACCACUGUGAGAGCCGCCCUCGGCUGUAGGGACCCCAUUGCGGUCACCGACGCCCUAGUGGCACGCCCACCCGUGGCAGUGUUUUCUGGAAGCAUGCUGACCAUUAGCUCUUAUGAUAGCCCUCCCAAGUUAAGCACCGAAAGCCUUGACAAAACUUUAGGGACUCGGAACAGGGGAGACCCUUCUGGAAAACCUCAGCCAACCCCAGGCGGCUUCACACCUGCAGCCAUAAAUCGAUCCAUCCCGUGUAAGGUCAUCGUGGACCACAGCACCACGCUGACCUCCACACUGUCUCUGACCGUUUCCCUGGAGAGUGCGGAAGCCGGCUUGGAGCUCCAGACCCGGUCCGGGAGGACGGAGGCAGCUGGGCCACCCGUGGCCUGCCCGCAGGUGUCUGUCAUCAGCAGGCCUGAGCCGGUGGCCCCUGAAGGCGGAGAUCACGGUUCCAGUUUCAUCGCGGCUUCCGCGGCCGAGCAAGACAGUCAGACAAUGAAGGCCACUUGUCCGGGUCUUCGCGAAGGACUCCUGGUUGUUCCCGAUAAAUUAAAAGAGGGGGCUCCCCCGAGUCACAGCUUUGCCGAGCAGGCGCGUGGUUCAGCCGCGUUCAAGAGUGAAGCUGAUACCACCUGUAGCCAUCCGUACAACUCUGGCAGCCGGAUCUGCUGGAGCGAGGACGGGAUGCGGAGCACGGGCCAGCCUCAGCCCAACCACCCGGCUUCCAGCAAACAGAAGGACUAUCUGGAGCAGAACUGUCCCAAGUCCAUCAAGACCGAGCACGCCAGCUACUCGCACGUGGCGGAACUUCAGCCUCGGAAUCUCAUCACAAGCGUCACACUCCCCGUGAAGUCCGAACCUCAUGAUGUGGACAAGGGCUUCAGGAUGGACACCGAAGACUUCCCCGGCGCCGAGCUGCCUGCUCCCACCGCCGAGGCAGCCCCGAGUGCGCAGCCGCCUCAGGCCGUGAAGGCCCCCGCCUCCGGGGCCUUGGAGGAGGCCGUCUCUUUGGCCACAGACAACCUGAAGCGGGUGCCCAGCGCUGGGAGCUCCAGCUGCCGUCUGUCCUCGGUGGAGGCCAAUAACCCCCUCGUCACCCAGUUACUCCAGGGCAACCUGCCUCUGGAGAAAGUGUUGCCGCAACCCAGACUGGGAGCCAAGCUGGAGAUCAACAGGCUCCCCCUGCCUCUUCCGACUACCUCAGCGGGUAAAGCAGCCCCAGAGAGGAACGUGGUUGAAAUGCCCCUCAGCUCGCCCAACCCAGAUGGGAAGGGCUACCUGGCCGGAGCCCUGGCACCGCUCCAAAUGAGGAAGCGAGAGAACCACCCCAAGAAGAGGGUGGCCAGGACCGUAGGGGAGCACACGCAAGUCAAGUGCGAGCCGGGGAAACUGCUGGCGGACCCCGACGUGAAAGGGGUGCCCUGUGUCCUCGGCUCCGGCCUGAGUCCGCUGGCACACAGCCAGCCUCUGAAGCAGGAGUGGCUGAACAAGCACCCCGCGCAGAGCAGGAUUGCUCACAGCCCUGAGGUCAAACAGCAGAAGCGACUGCUCCCCUCGUGUAGCUUCCAGCAGACCCUGUUUCACGUCGACAAGAAUGGGGGCUUCCAUCCCGACCCCGGGACCUCGCACAGACAGCAGUUUUACCAAAUGCCUCUGACACCCAGGGGCCCCCUUCCUCCUGCAGCCCUGUUACCGGCCUCUGCCAAGACCCCAGCAGGCUGUAACGCGUUCGCCUUCAACAGGCACCUUGAACAGAAGGGACUGGGGGAGGUUGGCCUUUCCCCGGCGCCUCACCAGCUGAGGUUAGCCAACAUGGCACCCCCCAACGUGCCCAUUAAAGAAGGUGAUGACGUCGGGGGGACCCCACACGGAAUGCCGCACAAGGCCCUGGUGCCUCCCUCGCCCCCCCCACUGCCGCCUCCACUACCUCCACCGCAUCCUAACCCGGAAGUCCCAUCCGAGCAAAAACAACCGCCGGUUACCAUGGAAACCACUAAGCGACUCAGUUGGCCACAGUCCACGGGCAUAUGUAGCAAUAUAAAAUCGGAACCUCUUUCUUUUGAGGAAGGUUUGAGCAGCAGCUGUGAACUGGGCAUGAAACAAGUUUCCUACGACCAGAGUGAGAUGAAAGAACAGUUGAAGGCCUUUGCGUUGAAAAAUGCUGAUUUCUCUUCCUAUUUGCUUUCCGAGCCGCAAAAGCCUUUCACCCAAUUAGCUGCUCAGAAAAUGCAGGCGCAGCAACAGCAGCAGCUCUGUGGAAACUAUCCAACCAUCCACUUCGGGAGCACAAGCUUCAGAAGGGCCACGUCUGCCAUUGAAAAGUCUAUUGGGGUUUUGGGAAGUGGCUCCAGUCCCACCACGGGCCUGCCUGCUCAGAACGCCCAAAUGCCUGUUCAGAACUUUGCCGACAGCAGCAACGCAGACGAAUUGGAACUGAAAUGCUCUUGCCGGCUGAAAGCCAUGAUUGUGUGCAAAGGCUGCGGGGCCUUUUGCCAUGACGACUGCAUAGGGCCUUCUAAACUCUGUGUCGCUUGCCUGGUUGUGCGAUAAAAGCCGAGUGAAAGGUGCAGUAUCCCUUUUCCACUACGGAAAAGCCAAACGGCAUCAUCAACAACACAUUGAGUCACUCCGGGGUCUAUCCCGUGCUAAUUUAUUUUAGUUUGGAACAGAGGCUGUUUUCUCUAUCUCAUAUUGUUUUCUGGCGUUGCUGGGAGAGGCGAGAUGGCAUCUCAGUCAAGGGGCUCAGCGGCAUGUCUUUUGCAUAUUCCGUUGCCAUUUGCAACUCCUGGAAAAUUUCUACAUGUAUGUGUGUGUAUACAGGUCACUCCCUCCCAAUUUGUUGCUUUAAAAAAAAAAAAUCCAGGUGUAGCAAGGAAAAGGACAAUGUAAUUACUUCAUGGUAACCAGAAAUGAAGAUGUAGAAAGAGAUGGGUAAUCGCAAUUUUGAGGUGGUGAUGCAUUCUUCUACAGGUAAACCAUUCCAGUGAGGGUCCCACAGUUGGCUCCUUUGGAUCUGCCUUCACCAUAAGUGAUGACAUUCUGUUUGGCAAAGGGAAUCUGAUUUAAGUGUAUGAUUCCUUGUAUUUACCCAUAUCACAAGAGAUAUUAAAGGAGGUAAACCAUUAAUGAACUCCACUGUCCUUAUUCUCUUUCUUCCCUUUUGACUCUUUUCGGAGAUGGGCAGAUUACCUGGAUCUGCCUUGGACAUGGUACACACAUUGUAGUGAAAUGUCUUUUCUACCUGAAAUUGCAGUGUGGGCCUCUUGCCCAGCAGUCUGGUUCAAGCCUCUUGACACCUGAGACUAAGAUCAGUUGGACUACAAAGAGCCAUAGGCCCAGAGGAUUUCAGAGGUUUGUGCAUGGCUUCUAAGAGCAAGUAUGAAAAAAGAUACCCUAAAAUUAAGAGCAAACAAGUAAAAUGCUGUGUAUGCAAACACACCUAAAUGGGUUGAUGAUGUAAGUAUUGGUCCAUUCUAUUCACUCUAAUACAGUUACUGGAUAUUGAGAUUGGGGAGAAAUAAUCAUACCCUUUAUUGAUGACACCAUUGCAUUCUGACUUCUGACUCUGCAGAGGUUGGCCAUUUCUUUUUUAAAGUGUCAUUGAUGACCAAAGGGACUCUAGAACGCUGAAGUGUUGACAUUUUUCCAAAUAAGUUUUUUCCUCAUAAGUCACGAUCUCUGUAAUUGCAUUUGACUCUGAACUAGUCCUUUAGAAUUGUUCUGGAUGUUCCAUGAUUUGGUUUCCCCCCACCCUCAGGUGAAUUCAGUGCAUUCUUCACAUUUGGGGGAGUGGAACUACUUUUG